GUUCCACCAAGAAACUAGAAAAUUUCUUUUGAUGUGGUGUGACUUGGAGCGUUUCAAUCAUUGUACAUAAAGAAGUCAUUUUCUCUAUUUCAUUUCAAUUUCUUCGUUUCGUUCAUCACGUUCGCUAUACUUGAUCAACCCCGCGAUAACCCCGCUGACGUCCAUUGAAGAGGCUUAUUGACAAUCGCGUUACGAUACCAUGGCUCCGAUUGUUCACUUUGUGCGGCAUGCUCAAGGCUACCACAACCUCUCAACCGCCAACCAUAUCCUCCCCGACCCAGAACUCACACCAUUAGGCGAACAACAAUGCGCCAAACUCAAGGAAAGCUUUCCCUAUCACUCUGAAAUCGAGUUGAUCGCUGCCUCUCCAUUGCGCCGGACUAUCCAUACCGCAUUGCUUAGUUUUCAGCCCGUCUUCAAGGCGCACCCGGAUUUCAAAGUUCUUUGUAUCCCCGAAGCGCAAGAGACGAGCGACGUACCUUGUGAUACUGGAAGUGAUCCCGCUGUGUUACAAAAGGAGUUUGUCGAUCGUGGAUUGCCGGUAGAUAUUUCCUUGGUGCAUGAGGGUUGGAACAGCAAGAAAGGCAAAUAUGCGCCUACUAUUAGCGCUCUGAGGAACAGGGCCCGGGAAGUUCGAAAAUGGCUCAAAGCCCGUCCUGAAAAGCAAAUCAUCCUCGUCACACACGGUGGUUUACUUCACUAUCUAACCGAAGAUUGGGAAGAUGGUAGCAUGUACCAAGGUAAGACCUACAAUUCAAUUCCGUCUCGAGGUACCGAGCUUGCUGACAUGUCUCUACAGGCACCGGUUGGGUAAACACAGAAUACCGCACAUACAAAUUCUCCGAAACCAUCGACACUGAAGACAUCGAAGGCAACAAAGUAGAAGGAGGCGAUGAUCUCACAAUCGUCGAGACACCUGAAUCUCGUCAGCGUCGUGGAAAGCCCGCCCAGGCGCCUUCGCGAGAGGAACAAAAAGUGCUUUACCGCAAGGGUAUUGAUGGCUGGGAGAAGCAGGGGUUGCAGGCUAGUGCGCAAGAGCGCGAGGAGGGAAAAGUGGGUGAAGGAGAAGAGGUUAAUGGUAGUCGCAUUUAGAUUGCAUUGUUUGUUCUGGAAUAUACAUAGAUCAUACAGACUAGACAAAUAGAAGGUGGAAUUGACCAUUGAAAAGGACCAAGGACUGCACGACGCAUUCAAUGCAUCCUGAUUAUGUCGCUGCGUUACGCGUUCGCAAGGCAGCAGCGUUUGUA